AUGGGUUUGCCCGCCUCUUGUCGCCUUCGAUUCUUCCCUCAUCUUUGUUUCAUCCAAACCCUUUUCUAUUCCUCCAAACAAUUUCCCCACCAAUCCCCAACACUCGAACCAAGUUCCAGCAAUACUGAUCCCGCAACAGUUCGUGAAACUUUGUUAACCUUCCGCAAUGACUGGAAACGCGCAUUCGAAUUUUUCAAUUGGGUCGAAAGAGAAUACCGUUUGCAGCUCCCCACUGAUACAUAUAAUUAUAUGAUCGACAUCCUUGGUAAGUUCUUUGAGUUUCAACUUUCAUGGGAUUUGGUUCAACGCAUGCGGCAAAAUCCAUCUUCUUCUCCGGACCAUACCACAUUUCGAAUCAUGUUUAAACGUUAUGUUUCGGCUCAUCUAGUUAAUGAAGCGAUAGAGACAUAUGAAAAGCUUCACCAAUUUAAUUUAAAGGAUGAAACUUCGUACUGCAAUCUUAUUGAUGCACUGUGUGAGUACAAGCAUGUGAAUGAAGCCGAAGACUUGAUUUUUGGGAAGAACAAGAAUGGAGAUGUGGAAGUCAAUGUAAAAUACUAUAACAUUGUUCUUCGUGGGUGGUUUAAAUUGGGAUGGUGGAGCAAGUGUAGGGAAUUUUGGGAAGAGAUGGAUAGAAAGGGAGUUCAAAAAGAUGUACAUUCAUAUGCAACAUAUAUGGAUAUAAUGUGCAAAAGUGGAAAGCCUUGGAAGGCUGUGAAGUUAUUCAAGCAGAUGAAGAGUAAACGGAUGAAAUUGGAUGUGGUUGUCUAUAAUAUUGCUAUUCGUGCCAUAGGUCUUUCACAGGGGGUUGAUUUUUCAAUUAACCUCUUUCGUGAAAUGAAAGAUUUAGGGUUUGAACCUUCUCUCGUAACCUAUAACACUAUCAUUAGGCUUUUAUGUGAUAACUACAGACAUAAGCAAGCACUUGAGAUGCUUGGUACCAUGCGUAAGAAUGGAUGUCAGCCGAAUGCUAUUUCAUAUCAAUUCUUUUUCGCGUGCAUGGAAAAGCCUAGGGAUAUACUGACAUUGUUUUAUAAAAUGAUUGGAAGUGGAGUUCGACCAAGUAUGGAUACCUAUGUUAUGCUUAUGAGGAAGUUUGGGAGGUGGGGAUUUCUUCGACCAGUAUUUUUAUUGUGGGAGAAAAUGGAAGAACUUGGAUGUAGUCCAGAUGCAUCUGCUUACAAUGCUAUGAUAGAUGCUCUUUUGGAUAAGGGAUUAUUAGACAUGGCCAGGAAAUAUGAUGAAGAGAUGCUAGCAAAAGGACUUUCAUCUAGGCCAAGGAAAGAGUUGGGGACAACGCUGGAGGUGACAGGAGAAUCCCCUGUGGAGACUUUCACUUGAAGAAUUAUGUGAGCCUCGAGUGCCUGUGCCUGGUUUUGAUCAUAAAUAUCUGUACAUAGUGACUUGCCCCUAUGGACUACUCAGGACUACUGUUGGAAAUCUAGGAAAAUACAUGUGAAGGAAAAGGUACCUUUUGUUCGAAAGAAUUAUGAUUUGCUAUUUUGAAGGAAGAAAUAGAGAGUAGGGUAGUUACGGGACUACUAUAGUCAAAGUCUAUGAGUUGGGGGUUGUAAAAGUCACUUUUUGAGUCUUUAAAAUCUUCACUUUGGUCCAGCGGGGGAAGGCAGAGAAGAAUUAUGAGAAGUAUGGCUAAGGCCUUUGAAGGGAGAAAGCCAAUCCUCUCAAAAGAUUGGUAAACUUGUUAUCUGUCUAUGUUCGAACUGCUAUAGUCAAAGUCUAUGAGUUAGGGGUUGCAAAAGUCACUUUUUGAGUCUUUAAAUCUUCACUCUGGUCCAGCGGGAGAAGGCGGAGAAGAACUCUGAGAGGUGUGGCUGAUGCCUUCGAAGGGAGAGAGCCAAUCGUCUCGCAAGAUUGGUGAACUUGUUAUGUGCCUAUGUUCUAGUAUGUGUUGUAUGUUGUGAGAGUUGUGUCUGAGUGUAUUGUAUCUUUUGCUUAUUAUAUUUUGUGUUGCAAUCAUCCUUAUGCGGUAAUAGUAUGUUAAUCUCAAAUAUUCCCAUUGUGUGUUGUUUAUUUCUAGUUUUUACUCAGGUUAUAAGCUUGUAGGAGAGGGUCCUAUCAGUCUUCUUCUAACCCAUUUUAGAGGGUCUUAUAUUGCUUGAUCUACCCUUCUUAUCAAUGCAUUCUAUGAACGUGCGUGUUUUACCAUUUUUUCUUUGUUAGGUGCUCUUCAACUCUUCUGCAUAUAUAUUCAAUGUGAAUCUUAUAUUUUCUUGUAUGACUAUAUAUUCCUUUCAA